AGCUGCUUUGCACCUUCAAAUUCCCUUCACCCUCCCUACAGUGAUUCCCCCUGCAGUGCCCUACAGUCACAAUCUAUUAAUUCCCGAUUUCACCACAAACCUCAAAACACGACUUUGCCUAUACUCUCCAUCCCCAUCCCCAAUUCCUUCACCGGACUUCCAAUAUGGCCGCGGCGGAGCUCCUGACCGGCGGCGGCGGCGCCGUAACCUUCGCCGCGCAAGUCCUCCGCAGCCGGUGGUUCAUGGUGUUCGGCUGCCUCCUAAUCAUGUCCAUGUCCGGCGCCACGUACAUAUUCGGCAUCUACUCCGGCGAAAUCAAGUCGGCGCUCGGAUACGACCAGACAACCUUGAACCUCAUCGGAUUCUUCAAAGACCUCGGCGCCAACAUCGGAUUCGUCGCCGGCGUCGUCAACGAGGUCGUCCCGCCGUGGGUUGUCCUCGCCGCCGGCAUGACCAUGAACUUUUCCGGCUACUUCAUGAUCUGGCUCGCCGUCACCGGCCGCAUAGCCAAGCCGAAGGUCUGGCAGAUGUGCGUCUACAUCUGCUUCGGCGCCAACUCACAGACCUUCUCCAACACCGGCGCGCUGGUCACCUGCGUCAAGAACUUUCCAGAAAGCCGCGGCGUCGUCAUCGGCUUGCUCAAAGGCUUCGUCGGCUUGAGCGGCGCCAUCAUGACUCAGCUCUACCGCGCCUUCUACGGCGGCGACGACCCCAAAGCCCUCAUCUUCCUCAUCGCCUGGCUCCCCGCCGCCGUCUCCGCCGUCUUCCUCAGAACCGUCCGCCUCCUCAAACCCGCCGCCGGCCACCAAACCGACCUCCACAUGUUCUACCGCCUCCUCUACAUCUCCAUCGCCUUAGCCAGCUUCCUCAUGCUCAUAAUCAUCCUCCAGAACCAAUUCACCUUCCCCCAAGCUGGCUUCAAUGGCAGCGCCGCCGUCGUCCUCCUCCUCCUCUUCUCCUCCCUCGCCGCCGUCGUUUACGAAGAAUGGAAUCAGAAAAUUCAGAAAAACACAAAUCAAGACAAUCAAAUCCAAACCACAGAGCUAAAAGUAGUAACUCAAAAUCCCGAUCCAAUUCCUGCUCCGGCGCCGGCGCCGGAGACCCCAUGGUGGAAGGAUGUGCUAAAACCGCCGGAAAGAGGAGACGAUUACAACAUACUGCAAGCGGUAUUCAGUCUGGACAUGAUAAUUCUGUUCGUGGCGGUGACAUUUGGGGUGGGCGGAACCCUAACGGCGAUCGACAAUUUGGGGCAGAUCGGACGGGCGUUAGGGUACGAGAAGAAGAGCAUAACGACGUUUGUAUCUCUGGUGAGCAUAUGGAACUACGCCGGCAGAGUAUUUUCCGGCUUCGCGUCGGAGAUAUUUCUGGCCAAGUACAAAUUCCCGCGGCCAUUGAUGCUCACCGUCGUCCUCCUCGUCUCCUGCGCCGGCCAUUUACUGAUAGCUUUUGGGAUUCCGAACACGCUCUACGCGGCGUCGGUGAUCACCGGCUUCUGCUUCGGCGCGCAGUGGCCGUUGAUCUUCGCCAUCAUAUCGGAGCUUUUCGGGCUGAAGUAUUACUCGACGCUGCACACGCUCGGCGGCGGCGCGAGCCCGCUAGGCGCGUACAUACUGAACGUGAAGGUCGCCGGAAAAUUGUACGACCGGGAGGCGGCGCGGCAGAUGGCGGCGAGGGGGCUGAAGAGGGGUGUCGGGGAGGAUCUGACGUGCGCCGGAGUGGGGUGUUACAAGGAGGCGUUUUUGAUAAUCACGGCGGCGACGCUGGUGGGGGCGGCGGUGUCGGCGGUUCUGGUGAUUCGGACAAGGAAGUUUUACAGAGGGGAUAUAUACAAGAAGUUCAGGGAGCAGAGGGACGCCAUUGUUGAAGAGUGAUUGUUGUUGUUUUAGUGUUUUAAUUACGGUUUGAAUGAAUAACGACUUUACCGGCGACGGAAUCCGCCAUUGUCGUCGUCUUCGAAUGUUCGGGCACAGAGGUGGGGGUUUCUGUUUGUGUGUGUGUGUGUGUCAGUGCGUGUGAUUUUGAUUGGUGUUGGAGGCCCACGACAUGGACGGGUUUGAGGAUAAGUGAAGGUUUCUAGGACAGCCACUGAUUCAUUUACCGCCGUGGGAAUGAGAUGAGUGUGACGAUGCAGAGGUAGGAGAAGGCUGAGGGGCACGAAUGUAAUUUCAUGUAUUCAGACAGUGAUUUGCAAGACAUAUGUAUAAAAAGUGAAAAAAUAGAAAUUCAUUUUCUAGUAGAAUAUAUAUAUAUAUAUAUAUAUAUAAACGUGUUUCUAUUUUUGUAACAUUAGAGCGUCCAUAUCAAAAAAAUUCCUCAAGAGUUUCUCA